GUCCGCGAAGCGUCGCCUCCGACCCGUGUGGCCGUCCUGCGGAUAGGGCUGCGUUUCAAGUUUUUGUCGGGGCGAGGCGGAGGCAGCGCCAUCAGCCUCGUCGGCUCCCGCGCUGCCCGCGCAGCCAGCGGCUGCACCCAGUACACCAAAAGGCCGGGUCCGCUCCCAUCGAGCCCAUCUGUAGUCGCCCCGGGCUGGGCUUGCUCCAUCAAGGCCCUGCAGUAAAGAUGGGCAGCCUGCCCUUAUACACAGGGAUGUACGAUCCCGACACCGAGGGCUUCCUGGGUGGACCCAGACGCAUCGAAGCGUACAAACCAGCCCACCGCGGCGCGCUCCUGACCUGGAAUCCGCGGCGGGACGAGGCCACGACGAGGGUCGAGACCUAUCGCGUGUCGAACGGCAACCUGGGCUGCGCAUGGCCCGUGGACGUGCGGCCCGAGUUGGAAAAAGAGCGCGAGGCGCUACGUAGUCGGCUGGGCACGGCGGAGGGCCGCAUGCGCGACAUCGAGGGCAUGCUGGCGCGGCGAGGCGCCCGCCGCGGCGCGGAGCGGUCGCCGACGAAGAGCGAGCGGCCCGCGACGGCCCGCGAGCGAUCGCCGAAGUCCAUCGUCGACUACGAGGAGGAAAAGCCGCCGCCAGCUUAUCCGCGCCGCCGGCCGGCCACGGCGCCGAGGCAGUCCUUACCCUCAGGCUUCGGAACCCAGAGAGAGUCAAGGAAUCCGACCGCGGGUCGCACGAAGUUCGGGAAGGCCGACGAGCGCACGCAGCCCGAGCGCUACUGGCCACUGACGAAAAAUCGGGACGGCGCUGCCGCGGGCCACAACGAAGGCCAGCGACCCAUGGGCGCGAAGCAUCCCGUCGCGAAGCAUUCGCCCGUCGUCAAAAUCAAGGCCCCGGUCCGGCGCGAUCGGCGGGACCACUUCCACUACUACGACGAUAUGCCUGCCAGAUUCAUGGGCCAAACGAAGGUCCGGAAGCCCCAAGAUUAUUACGACCCCAUCUUGAAACCACCCAAAAUCGCCACCACCCACCAGAGAACGGCGUUCAAGAGCACGUAUCGCUACAAGAAGAAGAGGUUCCAGCCUCCUCUCGAGCAACUGUCCUGGCGCAUCUGACGUGGUUUCAGUCCCUUAGUAGUUCCUUGUAAUUUAUCAAUCGUA